AUGGAGGAGGAGACGACUACCCCGACCAAUGCUAAGCAAACCUACCUUGAAAACCUUAUCUCUGGAAUUAGCAUCCGCAAAGACUUUAGUAGUGAAAGUAUCUUUGCCGGGGCAAAUACUAAUGAAAAACGGUCCAAUAUCAGGCCGGUUGUGCUUGUAUCCUUUUACAGCAACGAACUAGUCCAAGCUCCGUCUGAAAUGGCUUCGCCUAAUCAUUCGUUUUUUACUGAUAAGGUCAUUUUACAAGUUGGCCAAGACAGUUCCGGCAUUCUAUUUAACGACCUCUCUUCUGCCGUCAAAGAGAGUCUCCGAGCCGAGAAAGCCAUUAUCCAGUGGCUUGACGAACAAAAAUGUCCACCUAAGAGCACCGUCUACCUUACGACCGAAACUCAGUCCUUCUUCGUUAGCAAAAUCCGCUUACUAGGCGAGAUUCUCAAGGCCCAGCGCAAGAUAGAGCGAGCCCGAAUGUAUCGCACCCUAACCGCUCAAAAACCGCUUGAAGCUUUCAUCAAGAAACUCUGUACACUCAAAGUCCUAGGCGAUCGAGCCGAGUUCAAUCGCUUUACCAAUUUCCCCGCCAAGUAA